AUGGUCAUCUACUCCUUCUACAUCUUCGACCGGCAUACGGAAUGCAUCUACUCUAAGCUCUGGCUCCCGCCGUCGGCCGCGGCCGCGGCUGCUCCCGCGACGCCGGCGACGGCGAACAUCGUCACGGGCGACGGCGCCGGCAGCGUCACGCUGGCGCCGCGGGGCGGGCCGCACAACACGGACCGGCGGUCGGUCAAGGUCAAGGCCAGCGACGACGCCAAGCUGAUCUUCGGCACCGUGUUCUCGCUGCGCAACAUGGUGCGCAAGCUCGGCGGUGACGACGACGCCUUCAUCAGCUACCGCACCGGCCAGUACAAGUUGCACUACUACGAGACGGCCAGCAGCCUGCGCUUCGUCAUGCUGACCGACACCACCACGCUGAGCAUGCGCAGCGUGCUGCACCAGAUCUACAUCAACCUGUGGGUCGAGUACGUGGUCAAGAACCCUCUCGCGCCAGUCGAGCACAAGGGAGGCGACGGGGUGAAGAACGAGCUCUUCGAACUCGGGCUCGACCAGUUCGUGCGGGGACUGAUGUGA